GCGGGUGUCCCGACGUCGUUUUAGUAUUGGCCGCAACGCCGUAACGUCGCGACGUCUGGAUACCGCCUCUUUUGCCUACAUUUACAACGUCUCUGUACGAAAACCGUCAAACGUGAUAUUAAAAAAUGAGACAUCAAUUUGAGCUCGUAAAAAGUCGUUCUCCGAGAUCGGCGCCGCUACGUAUUGUUCCCGUUGUCGCUCGGCCACCGCCGGAAGUAUAGCGGAUUUCACGAGAAGGAAGACGGAUGUAACGGACGCGGCGGUGAAUUUUGGCGAGAGAAUAACUUCGCCGAAUCGGUGUGCAAUCUCAAGUCGCAGUGAAUGCAAUGUCAAAGUGAUCUUUGCAAUUGGUCGAACGACAGACGUGUAUCAUCCAUCAUGCAGAGACCUGGAUUGCAGUUCGUGACUUUGCUGUUAUCCUCGUUAAUGGUGAUAAGGAUAUCAGUGGUCUCAGGACUCUACUUCCCGCAAUCAGAUCUCACAAUAAAGUUACCGUACUCGGCUGAACACAAGGAGGUGAAAUUAAUUGACCUUAGGACUCUUCGGAACGACUCUACUAAGCCACAAAAUGUGAAGUACCAGAUCCGCAUGCCACGCGAAGGGUCUUUAAUUUACCUUAGAAAUGGGAACGACGUCAUGUUACGGAAGUUUCCCAAAAAUGGCGCCGUCGAUAUUAUUAUCAAAGGGACGGAAGAGAAUUUUGGCGAAGCGGUACUUGAAAUAAAAAUACAGCCAGUACCGGUGACGGGAAAAACAAUUAACUGUGCAGAUUUUGUCCAGGACAUGUGCUUCUGGAACACAUCAAGAUACAAGAUUUACGAGAAUCAACCAGUCACCAUGAUUGGCAUGUUUGGCCCGGAGGUAUACAGCUACGUGUGUCCCAAAUUUCGCGUUAUCAGUUAUGAAUUAUUGAAUGGAACAGACUAUUUUCACAUAGUGGACGGUAAAUUAUUUGCAAACGCAUCCUUAGACCGAGACGUUAUUGGACCUCCUCCGGGAGGACCUGGACCUCACGUUAAAAUUCAGGUGAGAUGCGUUAUUUGGGAAGAGACCGGGAUACAGUACGCACAAACGGAAGUCCUUACUAUCGACGUUCUGGAUGAAGACGACAAUCCUCCGAAAGCGCAAGGCGAAACUUCCAUCAAUAUAACGCUUGAGGAUUUCUCCAAGAACUCUAGGUUGAUAGACGAUAAUCUUUUAGUCCUGAAGGACGCGGAUGCCGUGAGCAGCAACCAGUACAGCGUUCGUUUGCUUAAUGAUACUGCAAAUGCAUUAAACGUAAGUUACAGCAUUCUACCGAUUGAGCAUCACAAACGCCCGGAUCAGGUGCCUUCGACUGGUAUUUUUCCCAGGAUCCACACGAAGACGACACUAUUGCCGAAAUCACCAUACCGCGUGGUCCUGCAGGUCACGGAUGAGUCGCUUCUAGCGGGAUACGGGGCGAAUUCGGUGAACAUCAGUAUAGUUUUCUCAGGGCCGGUACAUCAAGCUUUAACAACCGCAGCGCCAUCGACUGUCCCGAUAUUUUUGUAUCCGACGAAUACGAAGAUAGCCCGGAUUUCGCCUAGAUAUUUACGCGUGGCAAAACCCAGCGUGAAGCCGCAUCCUUCGAUAACUUUCAUUCUCGUGAACGGCUCGAGUGCCUUCAACGUCACCCAACGGGAUGGUAUCGUUUACGUUUCCAAUGAAACUAAGCUACGAUCCGAGCCCAAAACCGUUCAACUGAAGUUAAAAUGGAUCGCAGCAGGUGGUACCGCGAUGACCAAGACGCUGCGAGUGACUCUGAUUGAUGUGCCGCAAUCGAAGAUCGUCACGUGCGCACAAUUGGCUCAAGACGAGAUGGACACAUGCGCGUACGCGGAAUCUCGCGAGAAAUGCGAAAAGUUCUGCGGAAUUGGCAGCGGAGUCCUCAGCAAUGGCAGUUUCAUCGGUCGAUGCGUUUGGAGAAACAACAACGCUACUCAAAUGUCAGAAUAUUAUUCCACUUGUUCUCCGAAUCUGUCGUACUGUCCGGACAACGAAUGCGACGAACUGGAGCGCAGCGUUCCGCACAUGUGUCCGCAAGACUGCACCGUCGAAUCUGAUGUUCAUUUCGCCCACAUGAAUAGCGACGGCCGCGGCAUUAAGAGCGGCCUGAAAACUUGCACCUGCGACAAUCUACUACAGUGCAUGUGCGGAAUCGACUCCUUUUUGCAAGGAAAUGAUGUGUCCGGAAUGACAAGGGAGGAACGCUUGGAAAACAGAAAAUCACGUAAUCAAAAAAACGACAUUGUCACGUUGGGCGCGCGCAAAGCAUCCAGUGGACCGUGCGGUCCUACGUGCAUGAUAGGUGUUAUUGGGGCUAGUCUGUUUGUGUUGAUCGUGAUUGUGGGGUCAUUAGUUAUGUGGAGAUAUAGGAUGGCGGCGAAGGGCGCUCGACGGGAAUGCAAACACAGGGUGGACGAUGCGGCAAAUGGUAUUGGUAUUUUGCCGUCCGACUACAUCGAUCGCGGCGAUGGUCUCCUGAUCGGUUUGGACACUUUCACAGCGGCGAAUCGUCAUUUAUUGUUACCGAAGACAUGCCCGCCGGACCCAAAGUGGGAAUUUCCACGAUCGCUCCUGAAGAUCGAGCAAGUGCUGGGCGAGGGCGAGUUCGGGCGCGUUUUGCGCGCCAAGGCCAUGAACAUCGGCGGAAUUCCCGGACCUACGACCGUCGCGGUGAAGACCCUGAAGGAGGACGCGUGCGCCUCCGAACUGGCAGAUCUACUAUCCGAAUACCAGCUGCUAAAGGAGGCACAGCAUCCGAACGUGAUCCGACUGCUGGGUGCUUGCACGACACCGCCGGGCGCGCCCGUCUACCUCAUCAUCGAAUUCGCCGAAUACGGCUCCUUACGUAACUAUCUGAGACGCAGCCGGCACUUGGAGUCGGAGAGUAGGAUCCCGGCACCGACGUCACUGCUUUCCACUUCGCCGAUCAACGUCGGCGAGGAAUCGCAAUGUAGCGAUAAUGCAUUGAACUAUACUAUAACGCCGCGCGAUAUUCUCUCGUUCGCCUGGCAAAUAAGUAAAGGAAUGGCAUAUCUCGCCGAUAUUAAGUUGGUGCAUCGGGAUCUCGCGGCGAGGAAUGUUUUGCUUGCAACCGGUAAGGUUUGCAAGAUCUCGGACUUCGGUCUAACUCGUGAUGUAUAUGAGGACGAUGCGUACUUGAAGCGGAGCAAGGGACGAGUGCCUGUAAAAUGGAUGGCGCCAGAAUCCCUGGCCGACCAUGUGUACACCAGCAAAUCGGACGUUUGGAGCUUCGGCGUGCUCCUGUGGGAGUUGGUCACGUUAGGAGCCUCCCCGUAUCCUGGAGUGGACGUGCAUAAUCUCUACAAUCUACUGAAGGCCGGCUACCGUAUGGAGAAGCCGGCUAAUUGCUCGCAACAGUUAUACAAGUUAAUGGUGUCGUGUUGGCAUCAAGAGCCCAGCAUGCGACCGUCUUUCAAGGAACUAACUAGUCAUUGGGAGCGCAUGCUAGAGGAUGGUGUUGAAUACCUCGAUCUUAAUCCACGAACUGUUCACAAUCAAGCCUACUUUGCAUCUCUACAAGGCUUGGACACCGAAAAUGGUUCUGGUAACAAUCAAGUGAAUAACGAGACUGCUAAUGGGACUCUAAGGACAGAUACCGUCAACUACCUCGGCCGAAUAUCUUCUGAGCCUGUCACAAAAUGCGACAAGGUGGACAAGCUGCAGGCGCUCUGGCAACCGUCUAUAGCGUCCUUCCCUGACGAGCCCAUGAAGUCAUCUUACGUGAACGAACGACCCGCAAACUUGACCGCCAAUCAUUACGAAAGUCCGAUAAAGCUGAGAAAUGUCAGCGUGACCAGUAACAGUGAAAACGACCUAAGAACACCUCCUAACGAACGUCCUCAGUCCUAUAUCGAUAUGCAAGGGAAGAAAUCGACGGAGACAGAGGACCUCUUGAUGUUUGGGAGCACGGAUGACGACAGGAAUGACAAUAACGUGACGAAUUGAUCGACGUAAUCUCACGUUGAACAUUUGACAAAUGAGAAAAAUCCAAAAUAAGAAAACACAUGAGUUUUCUGAAUAUCGACGAGCUUUCGUCGUCUUGGGACGGAUAGGCGAUAUGGAUGGAAAGAAAUAAAUGUAGCUGAUUGAGGGAACAAUUGCAAAUUAUACGAGAAAGAGAGGCAUAUUUAUUUAAUGAGAAAGUAUGAGAGAAAACUGUGUGCGAGCAAUUGAAAACGAAUGAUUCACAUGAGAUGAUGGGUAUCAUUGUUUAUGGCAGUUUAUAGGAAUUGAGGGAGUGACACGAUAACGUGCUGAAUGAAUGACAAUUUGCACUUGUGAAAGAACAAAUAUCAACCCCGCGGAGUUGAAUAAGCCGCGAUUCAAAUUAUAUCGCGAAAGAAUUCCUGAAACAAUUCUUGAUCGAACAAAAGGCUCUAUAGGAAGUUAGAGAUAAACUAUAUCGCGCAAAGCAGUUACUAUACCAAGUGUAAAUUAAUAAUUAAUUUGCAAUGUUUUUAUGUACUUAAAGUACGGCUGUCUGUCGUUGGUAAAGCCGCUUUUAAUACUAUUAAUAGUAAUAGUUACGCGUUAUUAUCAAUCGUGCGAUUUCUUAAAAAAGACGUUGUAUAUUUAGCAUUCAAAAAUUUUUUUCUGUAUGUCACACCAUGCGACUGUGAUGAAGUUUGAGAAUAGUUGCUCAUCGAGAACAAGCUAUCCAAACUAAAAGCCAUAAGAUGUUUCCUAACUAUAAUCGUUAGCAGUUUCCGUUACAAGUACAAGUUCCAAUAGUGCAAAUAAGUGAGAAAACGUUUUCACGAUUAAUUUUAAAAUUUUUCACCUGAGGCCGCGUAAUUUAAGAUAUGAACCGUUUAGGGAAGUUGCAGAUUUGGUCUUCCAUCAAAUCUUUCUUGAUAGAUAGAUUCGUGGUUGUGAAAUUACGAAGUACGGCACCCUACUAUUUAACUUGAAACUUAAUUGUCACGCUUUCUUUCGAAACGAGAUACUUUUUAUUGUCGCACUAGCUUUUGUGGCUUUCGUGUGCCCGACACAACGAAGCAGCAGAUCGCACGCAGAUCGAAGUGAUACGACAGAAGCGUAAGAGUAGUAUUUUUUACGAGACGCGUGUGUGGGCUCCGGUUGACACGACGUCAUAUCCGAAGAAGACUGUGUUUCGCCGUGUACCUCACUGGGAACGGAAAUCGUCCCUUUUGUAUUUAUGUAUAAGAUGCAACAUUCCACCCACGAUUAGCCUAGUUAUUUAUCGUACGGAUUUUACGACACGACUGCAUAUGAUUUCGACUAGUACCACAUUUGAUGUUUUUUCCCCCCUUUUUCUUCUUAAACCAAUCCGGGGCAUUAACAUGUGGCGCACGCGCGUUAAGAACCGGUUAAUAUUGUGCCAUAUUAUUUUCUUGUAAUUGAUAUAUCACAAAAACAUAUAAAAGACGCUUCCAAAUUGA